GAGGCAAUUGCCCGUACACUGGAAAGUGGGAUGCUAACGGUCAUUUGAAAUCCCACUGAGGUGCUCUCGCAGCACUCAAAAGCUCGGGUGAAGGACGCAAGAAAGCACAGUGUGAUAGAAGAUUGCGUAAAAAAUGGUGGUGCCUAAACUAUCCUACGAGGAGAGUCGCCGCAAAAGAUUGGAGGAGAACCAGAAGCGAAUCGAAGCCCUUAAUCUGCCCCAGCUUUCUCAAGCCCUACGAAAUUCCCCUUCUCCCAAAUCCUCUCCUAUGAAGCAUACCAAAUCUCGCUCAACCCAGAAACAGAUAGUUGUUGUAAGGAGGUCUGGCCGUGUCGCAAAUAUGCCUGCUCCUGUUUACAAAGAAGUGGUUAUUGAUCGCGUGGCAAUACCUAGAAGAGUUUACGGGACCAAAAGAAAUUUGUCAAAUUGCGUACUUGCUUCAGAGGAAGCCAGGGAGGAAGCUUUUGGAAGAGCAGAGAAACUACUCCCGGAUUUAGAAUCUGAAUAUCCAACAUUCAUAAAGUCGAUGCUUCCGUCGCAUGUAAGCGGUGGAUUUUGGCUGGGUCUUUCAGUCCAGUUCUGUAAGACUUACCUUCCAAAGCGGGACGAAAUGAUUACGUUGAUAGAUGGAGAUGGAGAUGAGUACUCAACAGUAUAUUUGGCUCGGAAAACUGGGCUCAGCGGUGGAUGGAAAGGUUUUGCGGUGGCUCAUAACCUAGCUGAUGGUGACGCAUUAGUUUUUCAGUUAAUCAGACCUACAGCAUUCAAGGUGCACAUUAUUAGAGUGAAGAGUCCUACUCCUACAGAGGGCAAUUAGCUGUAAACGAAUUGCAUUUGGAGCUUUUCAAAUCAAUCUAGUCAUAAAGGUAUAUCUAUUCUUCCGCAGGUACGGACGAGCUUUUGUGGUUAUUUUUUGUUUUGGGCUCAUGAUCCUUAUUAACUUAUCUUUGUACGAGAUCGAAAUAUGGGUACACAAUACAGUAGUUUUGGCCGAUCCGACGAUGUCUGAAGACUGAACUUGUUUUGUAUAUCUCACACAAGUUAAUUGUUAUUAUUCUUGAUA